AUGGGCUACUGUGUGUACACUGAUAAUUUCUAUUACAGCCCUGAACUAGCUAUUGCACUGAAGAGAAUGGACACUGACUUAGUGGGCACUGUUAGAAAAAAUAGGAAAGGAGUUCCAAAAGAAUUUGUAAAGAAGAAGUUGGCUAGGGGUGAAACGGCUGCAUUGUGUGAGGAAGAAGGCACCAUGCUCCUUUUGAAAUGGCAGGAUAAGCGUGAUGUCUUGUGCUUGUCUACACAUCACCAGUUGGGCUUUGUGGAUGUUGUUAGAAGAGGAAAGGAAGUCCAAGUUCCAAAUGUUAUUCAUGACUAUAACAUUUUUAUGGGUGGUGUUGAUCGAGUUGACCAAAUGUUGAGUGCUUACCCCAUGGAGAGAAAGAGACAGAAGAUUUGGUACAAGAAGCAAUUCAGACAUUUACUCAACAUGUGCAUUCACAAUGCACAUGUUAUUCAUGAAAAAUGUGGAGGCACUUUCAGUCCUCUUCAGUUCAGAGAGAGUCUGUUCGAGAGUAUUGUUGAGAAACAUUUUUUAGAAAAGCCAAAGAAAGGCAGACCAUCUGCAGAAGAGGAUCCCCUUCGACUGCGAGAGAGGCAUUUCCCAAAAAUUGUCACAGCUACAGAGAAAAAAGCUAAUGCUUCAAGGAGAUGUACAGUUUGUGCCUCAAAAGGAAAACGAAGAGAGUCCAGAUACCAAUGCACUCCUUGUGAUGUUGGAUUGUGUGUGGUUCCAUGCUUUGAGGACUUUCACACAAAGAAGAAGUAUUGA